AUGGACGGAGUUGUCGUUCAAUUGGAGAAAGAAGAGGUAGAUCGAGAAACUGCAAAGUGGAAGUGUUCGCUCAUUGUGUACUCUAUCGGUGAGUGCCCAGGGUACAAUAGUAUGUGUAGAUUUAUUUCUCAGUCAUGGAAUUCAGUAGCUGAGCCUGAAGUGUAUCUACACGAGGAGGGCUUGAUCGAGACUAGGGUGAAACAACACAAUGCACAGGCAAUCUCUAAGUGCAUUGCUCCAGGAUGGGGACAUGCUAAUAACUAUUCUGCUGCGUGUAAUGGGAGGAUAUGGGUAGUGUGGGACCCGAAUUACUACACAGUUAUAAUACUUAGAGUAGAAGACCAACUUAUUCACUGCUUGGUACAAAAUGCUUCUGAAGUUAAUUGCUACUUAACUAUUAUUUAUGGAUUUAACAGCAUUGAGCAACGGAGAACAUUGUGGGGAUAUCUUAAGGAUAUAGCUCAGGGCCUUAACAGCCCUUGGGCUAUUUGUGGGGACUUUAAUGCCUUGCUGUUUGCCCAGGAUAGACUCAGUGGAAAUCCUGUCCAAUUUGCUGAGAUAAAAGACUUUGCCAAAUGCCUACAGGAAACACAUCUGAAUGAAUUAUCUUGGAGAGGGGACUAUUUCACCUGGACAAAUAAGCGAAAGACGGUGGAUAGAGUAUGUAGUAGAUUAGAUAGGGCCUUUGGCAACCAUGAGUGGAUCUUUGACCUAGGGACACGUCCCACUAAUAUAUGA